AUGUCGUCACAUCAGCGGACUUUCUCCCACUCGCAAUCCCAAUCCGGAACGAGGGAAAAGACCUAUUUUGAGCAACAGCGCGAAGAGCUCAUCGGCGAAAUCGCAAUGAACUUUGAGCAAGUCCUUGCCAACAUCAACAAGCUCAAUCGUUCGCUCGAGGCAGUCAUCACGAACUCGGACACUAAUUCGAGGCGGUCGUCACCCGCAUCGCAGGUCGGAAACGAGUUCUCCUCCGUCGAGGCGCUGUGGUCGCAGUUUGAAAACGUGAUGGCGAAAGAGCCCGAGGAAAACAAGCAGGGCGAUACCGAGGAGGGCAGCGACGACGAGGCGAAGAACGAGCAGAGAUCAUGA